AUGCAGAUUUUGCAAGGAAAUACCCUGCGGCUGGCAGGAGCUCGCCUGCAUUUACUGCACAUCACAGCCAUCGCCCAGCCUCCCGAUGAUGCAGUUCACGGAAACCAAGCAUUACGAUCCCCGUCCAAUACGAUUCCCAACAUAUACCAACCCCCCUGCUCAGUAUUAAGACAGGGUACCACCUAUAACCAGCACAACCAUCUUCCCUGCCCGAAAAGUCAAAACGAGCCGACCAAACGCGCGCUACUUUCCUGCUAUGCAACAAACACGAGAAAGCGCUACUCCCAGAUUGAGCAUGUACACGCGGGGGACACUCCCCCCACGCGAUCGAGUCCAGGAAGUGCUGUUGUGCACAAACCUUGA